UGUAUUUUGUCUUUAAAAUAUUUAAAGUUUUGUGUGUCUCAGGCAUUGUGAGUGCAGUGAUGGGCCCCAGUAUCUGGAUAAUGCUUGUGUGUUCCAUCUGGAAAUGUGUAAUCAGCCACCAUUUCACCCGUGGAUUGAGGGAGGGUUUCUGUGGACAGGGUGUCCCCUGCUCUUUGCUCAAUAGUGACACCCCUGGGCACAGUGGGCACAGCUCACUUCCCUACAGACGGGCUACAGUGAGUCUGGGGCUGCUGUGUGCUCUCUUAUUGGCUGCCACAGUAGUCCUGUGUGUCCUCUAUACAAGUCUAUUAGAGAACUAUUCAAUGUUGGAGAGAGAUCUGGAGGAGCUCAGAAGCAACUACAGCACCAUGAAUACAGUGAAAGUCCAGCUACAGAGCAGUGUGCCUAACCCCUGUCCACAGGGCUGGGCACUGUUCUCUUCGAAGUGUUACUACUUCUCUAAUGAGAUGAAGAGCUGGACAGACAGUCGCAGUGACUGCAUUAAAAGAGGAGCUGACCUGGUGAUUAUAGAGAGUGAAGAGGAACAGCGGUUCAUCAACAAACAAAUAAACAACAUUACCUGGAUUGGACUGAGUUACUCAGCAGCUAAGGGUAACUGGCUGUGGGUGGAUAGAAGCCGUCUGAAGAAAGGAUUCUGGAGGAGUGGAGAGCCAGAUGGUGAUGAUGAAUAUGAUUGUGCCCUGUUUGUCCCUAAUGCGAAUGCAUGGGAAGCUUUUGACUGUUCUAAUAAGAAAAAUUUCAUCUGUGAGACUAAUGCUCUGCUCCCCUAAACUAUUUUUUAUCAUUGUAUGUUUUUUUCUUGUGAGAGGCUGUUGACCAUGCCAGCUUUAACAGUCAAACACAGGACCAAUAAGCAGACCACAAUGUUACCGUUUCUGUUAGGAAUAUAUGGAAUAUACAUACUGCUGUCUUUACUAGAAAUUUAUCUGUGAGACUAAGCUUUGUUAAAUACAUUAAAAUGACU